UCUUCUAGCGGUGAGGUAGAACUGCAGUUAGGGUUUUUCUGUUCUAUCUCUCCCGUCCAAUCAAACUUUCUGGAAAUCAGAAGAAUUUGCAGACUCGCAAUCAAAGUAAGAAGAUGAGGCCGAUAUUGAUGAAAGGCCACGAGAGGCCGCUCACUUUCCUCAAGUACAACCGGGAAGGAGAUCUGCUCUUCUCCUGCGCCAAGGACCACAACCCAACCGUCUGGUUCGCCGACAACGGCGAGCGCCUCGGAACUUACCGCGGCCAUAACGGCGCCGUUUGGUGCUGCGACAUCUCUCGGGAUUCAAGUAGGUUAAUAACUGGAAGUGCGGACCAGACGGCUAAGCUCUGGGAUGUUAAGACGGGCACUCAGCUGUUCACUUUCAACUUUGACUCUCCCGGAAGGUCUGUGGACUUUGCUGUUGGGGAUAAGCUUGCAGUCAUGACCACUGAUCCGUUCAUGGGGCUGCCUUCUGCUAUCCACGUAAAGAGAAUUGCUAGCGAUCCUGAAGACCAAACGGGUGAAUCUGUGCUUAUCAUGAAGGGCCACCAGGGAAGGAUCAAUAGAGCUGUUUGGGGACCUUUGAAUAAGACAAUUAUAAGCGGUGGUGAAGAUUCUGUUCUUCGCAUCUGGGAUGCUGAGACUGGAAAACUACUUAAGGAGUCUGACAAGGAAUCUGGUCACAAGAAGGGGAUUACUUCUCUGGCAAAAUCCAUUGAUGGAUCACACUUUAUAACAGGUUCUUUGGAUAAAUCAGCAAAGCUUUGGGAUAUCAGAACCUUGACACUUCUUAAGACAUAUGUGACUGAGCGCCCAGUGAAUGCAGUUACAAUGUCACCGCUGUUGGAUCAUAUUGUGCUUGGAGGUGGUCAAGAUGCAUCUGCUGUAACAACCACUGACCAUCGUGCUGGGAAGUUUGAGGCUAAAUUCUUUGAUAAGAUUCUUCAAGAAGAAAUCGGUGGCGUCAAAGGGCACUUUGGACCAAUUAAUGCUUUGGCUUUCAACCCUGAUGGGAAAAGUUUUGCGAGUGGUGGUGAAGAUGGGUAUGUGAGAUUACAUCAUUUUGACGCCGAUUACUUCCAUAUCAAGAUUUAAGGUUGAAGUGCAGCUUCUCAAAUCGAAAAACAAUCGCAAUCUCCCCCGCCUUCGUUCUUCCUGGUUGAGCAAAAUUUUUGUAGAGGAUAGCUUGUUAAGGCUUGAAAAACUUCAGAAAGGGAAUAUACUGUGUUUGGUGCUGUUUCUGUUGAAUGUUAAAUGGAUUAUUUAUUCAAAGUUAUGUUUUUAACCUCUAUUGAGUAUUAUAAAACGACCAAAUUUUACUUUCA